AUGCGUCCCCGGGCAGAGUGGCUCUUUCUGGCGCUGUCCAGUGUGCUCCUCAGGGGCCCCUGCGGUGCGUCCAUCACAUAUCGUUGUCCCACCAUCUGCAGCUGCAGCGCGCACACCUUCCAGUGCAACCGGGACACGCAGCUGUCCUCCCGGGCCACCUCAGACCCCCGGAUACUCCUGACAGUCAUCGGCCUGACCCUGAAGCUGGUCCCCACACACGCAUUCAGAGACCUGCUCAACAUCAGCAGUAUUGCAAUCCUCCAGAGCAGGUCCAUCUCUGGGAUCCAGCGCCAGGCCUUUUUCUCUCUCCACACUGUGACUCGGAUCACUGUGAGUAACAUGAUUAGUCUGCAGUACAUUGAAGAGGGAGCCUUCACUGACCUGCCAGAACUGGAGUAUUUGAGCAUCUCCAACACUGGGCUCCUCCAUUUCCCAGCCUUCACCACCAUCUCUUCUCUGGCUUCCCGCCCUGUCCUGGACAUGGCAGACAACAUCAGGAUCCACGCCAUUCCUGCUAAUUCUUUCCAAGGAAUCUCAAAGGAGCCUGUGGUCUUAAACCUGCGCAAAAAUGGUUUCCAGGAAAUUCAAGCACAUGCAUUCAACGGCACCAACCUCGACUCAGUGAUUUUGAAGGACAACAAGUUUCUGACUAAAAUUCAUGACGAUGCAUUUAGAGGAGCCUCUGGACCCACUUUAUUGGAUGUGUCGUGCACGGCUCUGAGUGCACUCCCAGAAAGAGGCCUCGAGAAUAUGACGCACCUCAUUGCCAAUUCAACCUAUGCCCUGAAGACUCUUCCAGAUUUAGGAGGUCUGUCUAAGGUCCGUACCGCAGAGCUGACGUACCCCUCCCACUGCUGCGCUUUCGAUAAGUGGCGCAAUGAAAACAAGGAAAACAAUGCACUUGCAGACAGCCAUGUAAACUACUUAUUUCAGCAAGAAUGCCUCAACAGCUCCGACAUCGAUUGCACACCCAAAACUGAUGACUUUAACCCGUGCGAGGACCUUUUGGGCUUCUCCAUCCUCCGCUGCCUCUCCUGGAUCAUCACUAUUUUCGCCAUCACCGGAAACCUGGCCGUUCUGCUCAUCCUCCUCAUCAGCCACAACAAGCUGACAAUAUCCAGAUUCCUCAUGUGCAAUCUUGCCUUCGCAGACCUAUGCAUGGGGCUGUACUUGAUGCUCAUCGCCUUCAUGGACAUCCACUCCCUCCACGAGUACUACAACCACGCUACAUACUGGCAGACUGGGCCGGGGUGUGGCAUCGCCGGCUUUUUGACCGUGUUUGCCAGCGAAUUAUCCGUGUACACGCUCACUGUGAUAAGUCUGGAGCGCUGGCAUACCAUCACCAACGCCAUGCAUGUCAACAAGCGCCUCAAGAUGCACCACGUGGCGGCCAUGAUGGUCGCGGGCUGGUUCUUCUCUCUCUUGGUUGCACUGCUCCCUCUAGUGGGGAUCAGCAGCUAUGGCAAAGUCAGCAUUUGCCUACCGAUGGACAUUGACACGCCAAUAUCGCAGAUUUACGUCAUCGUGAUACUGAUCGUCAACGUCAUUGCAUUCAUUGUCGUGUGUUAUUGUUACAUAUGCAUCUAUUUUAGCGUUCACAAGCCGCAGCACUCGACGCGCAACGGUGACACGAAGAUUGCAAAGCGGAUGGCGGUGUUGAUCUUCACCGACUUCAUCUGCAUGGCGCCCAUUUCGUUCUUUGCCAUCUCCGCGGCUCUAAAAAUGCCUCUGAUCACGGUGUCCCAUUCAAAGAUCCUCCUAAUUCUCUUCUAUCCCGUAAACUCGCUCUGCAAUCCAUUCCUCUACACCAUUUUUACACGGGGCUUCCGGAAAGAUGUGUGCGCGCUUCUGGGCCGCUGUGGAUGCUGUCCGGGCCAAGCAGACUUUUACCGAUCCCAGACAAUGCCCUCGCACCUCUCCAACGCGCAGAAAACGGCCAGUGGGAAGUCGCAUUCGCUCAGCUUCUACGCACAUCGGCUGAAAAUGAAGGGCUGCUUACUGAACAGAGGCGCCACAUGA